AUGUCGAACCGUUACCGCAAAGUGGUCAUACCCAGAUACGGCGAUGCCUCGGUCCUCGAGAUCGUUGAAGACACAUUAGCAGCCCCAGCUAGCAGACAUGUCCAAGUCGCCCCAAUUCACGCUGGUUUCUCCGGCGCCGACGUUCACAUGAGGCGCGGUGUCUACCCCUCGCAGCAGAAGCCUCCCUUGACCCCAGGCUACUGUCUCGUUGGCACUGUCAAAGCCAACGGCACCAACAGCAAUAUCUUCAAACCUGGCGACAUUGUAGCAUGCUUGACCAAGUAUGAUGCGCAGGCUGAACUUGUCAAUUUGCCCGAGAAGCACCUUAUUCCUGUGCCUGCAGGCCUGGACCUGCAGCAGGUGACUGCGCUUGUCCUCGACUGGUCCACGGCGUACGCCAUGGUUCACCAAGUCGCCAAGGUGAAGAGUGGACAGAAAGUCUUCGUCCACGGCGUUAGUGGAUCUGUGGGCUAUGCCACCAUGAAACUAGCACAGUUGCGUGGGGCCAAGGUGUACGGCACGGCAUCGGAACGAAAUCACGCUGCUAUCCGAGAACAGGGAGGAGUCCCAUUCGUCUACACCGAUAAGAAUUGGAUCAAAGUGAUGAAAGACGGUGGUGGUGUUGACGCCGCUUUUGAUUCCAUCGGUUUCGACAGCUUUGAGGAGUCCUAUGAUAUACUCAACGACCACGGCAUAGUUGUUGGCUUCGGUGCCAAUCAGCUGUCUCUCACCGGCGAGGCUCCCAUCUCAGCUAUCUGGCCUACAGUCAAGUUUCUGCUCAAGGGAAGAGUCCCAUGGCGGAGCAAGCGAACAUACUUUUACCGCAUCGAUCGCGAUCAGCCGGAGUACAGGCCUAACAUGAAUACUCUUCUUGAUCUGCUCGGAAAGGGCGAGAUUCAUGUGCCCAUCAGGAAGGUCUGGGACUUGGACGAUAUCCAAGAAGCUCACGGUCAGUGGCACAGCGGAUCCGGAGUUGGUGCAGUUAUCGUCAACAUCAGGUCCGGUGCUGCAUAG